UUUUCGUCCAAUGAAUGUUGAAUGUGAGAGUGACAUGCGAUUUGUAUAUUGUGCAGCCUGCAUUUGUUAUAUUCUACAAGACUGGUCUGGUAUGGAUGUGGAAAAAACAGUUGCUUACAUAAAAUUGAGCAGAAAUUAUGAUGGAGGCAUUGGGCAGGGUCCUGGAUUAGAAUCCCAUGGUGGCUCUACUUUCUGUGCAAUAGCAACUUUGUGGAUGAUGGGAAGAUUAGAAAACACAUUUACUGGAGAAGAACUAAAACAUUUAAAACGAUGGUUAGUUUUUCGUCAAGAACAUGGCUUUCAUGGACGACCAAAUAAGCCCGAUGAUUCUUGUUAUUCCUUUUGGGUUGGAGCGACAUUAAAAUUGUUGAACUGCUACCAUUUUGUAAACUAUCCUGAAGUCUUAAAGUUUGUUCUGUCAACACAAGAUGAUGUUACUGGUGGAAUAGCAAAAUGGGUAGAUUAUGUACCAGGUAUUAUAUUUAACUUUUUGUUCCGUAAU